AGGCUGCACCCUCAGGAAGCCUGACCGCAACCGAGCUACGGCCACGUUCACUCCGCCGCCCCGGGACCCCGACCUGGACCCUCGCCCAGACCCUCACCCCGACCCGGAGCCGGACCCCGACCCCGACCCGGAGCCGGACCCGGGGCCAGGCCCGGACCCUGACCCAGACCCGGACCCUCACCCCGACCCGGACCCGAACCCGAACCCAAACCCUGACCCCGAUACGGACCCCGACGCCCACCCAGACCCCGACCCGGACCCGGAACCGUGAGCCCUGUCUGGACCCUGACUUUGAUCCCCGCAGGUGCGGCCUGAAACGUGGGCUUUCUGAGCUCCUUUGGAGAAGGCUCGACUCUGAACAUUGCCUGAGGCUGACCUGGAGGAGGGGCGUCUGAGGUUCGGGGAAGAGCUUCCCGUUUCGGCACCGCCGGCAAAAGCACCGAGAGGGAGACACCCAGGAGGGGAUGGAGGGCUCCUGGUCCCGAGACCCCAUGUGCGGCUGGUGGAAGUGGCCCCGGGACGGCGAGAUGCCCGCGGAGCACAGGGACGUCCUGGUGCUGCUCCCCACGCGGGAACGGCUGCGGCUGGUCGUGGGGGUGCAGGCCACCGGGCACGAGCUCUUCCAGCAGGUGUGCGACCUGGCCGGCAUCAGAGAAGCCCACUUCUUUGGCCUCAGUGUGAUAAGAAACAGCGAGCACGUCUUCAUGGAUUUGGAGCAGAAGCUCAGCAAAUACUUCUCAAAGGACUGGAAGAGAGAAAUGCGUAGAGGAAGCGGCAGGCCCGGUGCCCCCUUCGUGGCCUUCCUCAGGGUGCAGCACUACGUGGAAAACGGAAGGCUUAUCAGCGACAGGAGGGCCAGGCACCUGUACUACUGCCACCUGAAGGAGCGGGUGCUGCGGUCCCAGUGCGCCCACCGGGAGGAGGCCUACUUCCUGCUGGCUGCCUACGGGCUGCAGGCCGACCUGGGCAAUUACCGCGAGCCGGCACACUCGGGCCGCUACUUUGAGCCGCAGGCCUACUUCCCGCAGUGGAUCAUCACCAAGAGGGGCAGCGCCUACAUCCUCCGGCACACGCCCGCCCUGCACCGCGAGCAGCGGGGCCUGAGCCCCAAGCAGGCCGUGCUGCACUUCAUCCGGGAGGCCUGCCGCCUGGAGGACGUGCCCGUGCAUUUCUUCAGGCUGUACAAGGAUAAGAAGGAGGACCGACCUACCAUUGUCCUGGGACUGACCCUCAGAGGAGUGCAGUUCUAUCAGGAGGUGAACCACGCUCCACAGCUGCUCUACGACUUCCCCUGGCGCCACGUCGGGAAGCUGGCCUUUCUGGGCAAGAAGUUCGAGCUCUGGCCGGACGGGCUGCCCGCGGCCCGGAAGCUGGUGUACCGCACGGGCUGCCCCUGGCGCUCCCGCCACCUGCUGCGCCUGCUCAGCGCCAGCCACCAGCUGCGCCUGGCCCUGCAGCCCGCCCUGCAGCGGCUGCGGCAGCUGGAGGAGGCCCAAGAGAAGAAGUGCUACCGGGAGACCUGCAUCAGCGACGUGCUGGAGCUGGAGCUGGACCUGGACCCGGCCAGCAGGGCGUCCCCUGGCUCCGCUGGCAGCGGGGACAAUGGGGACGGAGGCUGGCGUCCCCCGCACCGCCUCUCCCUCCUCUCGUCUGGCAGCCACUGCAGCUCCCACUCCGCGGGCAUCGAGGCCGACUCCCAGCUGGCGGGGCCCGCGGAGCCGGGGGAGACGUCGGUGGAUGAGCCCUUCGUCGGGGCUGCGGCGCUCCGCGGGGAGGAGCCGCCCUGCAGCUCCGGCACCAGCCAGAGCAGCCGCGGCACGGUUGGUGGUGGCAGAGCCUCUCCCCAGCAGCCCUUGGCCGUGGUUCGGGUCACGCUGGUGAGCACGAGGGGCCCGAGCGCUGAGGCCCUGCACCAGGUGCCGGAGGCCCGGGCGGCAGCCGGCCCCGCGGACCCGCACAGCCGCAGCGUGGACGAUGUGCGCCCCGCGCCCGCCCCGCGCUCGGCCCCGCGCCCCGCCCCGCGCAGCUGCCCCGUCCGCCGCGCGCUGGACCCCGGGCCGAGGAGGUCCGUGAACUCCCGCUCCCUGGACCUGCUCGGAGAAGACCAGCUUCCUGAGGAGUUUGUGGUGUAGACGCCUCGGGGCGCCGCUUCACCCCCGCAGGGCCCCGUCCACGCCGCACGCCUCCGCCCACUUGGCACUCUGUCCCUGCAGCGCCGCUCCAUCCACGCGGGGCUCCGUCCACGCCGCUCGGCUCUGUCCACCUCUCCAUCCGCGUCUCGCCGGCCCUCUCUGCCCUGGAGGCUCCCGCCUCCCACCACCGCCAGGCUGAACGGGGCCCCUGGCACCGCCCCUUUUACCUGGUGGCUUUGCACCUUCACCUGUCUGAGGGGUGGAGCCAGCUCUGUCAGGCCUGGCGGUGCCGACUAGGUCUCACUUUCCCUGCUGCUCGGACUAUGGCCGGUCUGAGCAUCUUCCGUCCGCGUCUCCAGGAGGCAGAAGCCGAGGUCCGGGGCUCCAGUCUCUGCGCAGUGGCGCGUGGGCCGCGCUGCCUCUAACGCUCGAGGGAAGGUGUCUCAGCUCAGGGGUCCCCAACCGCCCGGCCGCGGCCUGUUGGGAGCCGGGCCGCACAGCAUGGCCUCCGGAGCUCGCAUCAUUUCCCCCCCCGACCCCCGCCGCCACCCCGCCUGUGGAAAGAUGGUCUUCCACCAAACCGGUCCCUCAUGCCAGAAAGUUUGGGGACCAAUGUCCUAGCUGCUCGCGGACAUUGGAGAGACCUCUGGGGUUCCCCUGCCACCAACUCCUCGAUGGAUGGUGAGACCAGGAACAGCAAGCUUCCCGGGAGUCCUUGAGCGCACGGUCACCAUCGCUGUCACUGCACUGGCCACAGGGUCCCCAGACCACCCUCCCUGCAGCCCCUGCUGCUCACAGCCCUGGGCCCACUGGACAGAGGCGCCUCUGUGAGUCGUGCGCCCAGCUGCGUCACCCCAGACCCUCAGCAGAGCCCACCUUGUCCGCCGUGGGUACACAGAGGCACCGGGCCUGGAACCGCACAGCCACGUGGACACUGGUCCCGUGGGGCUGGUGGCAGGAAGUGGGAGGGGCAGGCUAAGGAGGAAGCCGUCAUCUACUCUGACCCACAGAAGGAAGGCUCCAGAAGAAAGCCCCCCGCGCAGAGCCUGAGUUUUCUCUUCUCCCAUCGCAAGUCCGGCUCUGAAGGUGGUCCUUCCCCACCUCCUGCCCCGGUGUCCACCCAGCCCGGAGGGCGUCUGGGCACCAGGGAGCCGGGACAUCUCGUCAGCACUGGUCACCCCCCGCCCACCGGCCAUUCAUUGCCACUGCCCCCUCCCCGAGUCAGCAGACUGGAUGGGAGGGGGGGACAGGGAUGGGGCCGGACCGCCACCCCCCCUCGUCUGGGGCAGGAGACCCCUUCCGCGCUUCGCCACCUCUCCAGUUGGCGGCUCCACCAGUGGCUGAACGGCUGAGUGGAGUUUCACAGCGAUUUCUGGAAAAGCGUAUUGAGGGACUUUGACCUUCGCUGGGGGCCGUACUGGCCGGUGAUUAAGAGGCCGGUGAGCAGGCCGAGUGUCCCACUUGGGGCUGGACCCGCCGGGCUCGGGGCGCCAGGAGGGUGGGCUGUAGUUAACGCUGUGCUUUCCCAUCCAAGUCAGGGCAGCUGCCCCAGGGCUGAGACGUGGCCCCCACCGCGCCUCCAGGGCCCUGCGUGCAGGGGGCCUUCUCGAACCGUCCACCUCAUGGACGGUGCAGAGUGGCUGCGCUGAGCCCAGAUGGUGGAGGGAGCUGGCCUCAGGCUGGCACUCUGUGUCCCCAGAGGGAAAGGCAGGGCUGGUGCCGUGUCUCACCUGUCUCCUGACCCCAGCUGGGCCCUGCAUUCCUUGCUCUGGAACAGGUGGGACUCCACGGGUAACACCACCCUUCCAGCCUGAGGCUGGUGACAGGCACGUGGCGUGGUGUGGCUUAAUUCACCUGUGCGUCCCUCUGGCCCUCCCCCCUUGCACACCUGCUGCCCUCUUUGUCUGGAUGCACUGACCUGUGUGUCACUGUCGGAUAGUCCCAGGCACUGUGCCCGAGACACCAUCGUCCCCUCCCUGUUCUGCUCACGCCUUGAGGACCCCACACGGGCCGUGUUUGGGGGACGGGGUGGAGCCUGAGCCCAGGGGGCGGGGUGUGCAGCCUGGUCCUAACCGGGCCUCUUGGUCCUUCCUGUGAAAGGAAAUCUUGCUCGUGCACACACCGCGCAUGUGUAAUGAAGGGCUGCACACACGUCCGUGUGUCUGCACCUGGGCAGCCUGCGCCGGGGGCGGGGCGCCGGGAGGCUGGGCGGGGCGGCCACACGGGUACUAGAUUCUCGCGGUGAAGGUUCCUGGACACGGAAAGCUUCACCUCGUGAGGAACCACGGUGCCCUAGCGCUGCGUGGACGGAGGAGCUUGGAGGGGAGACCAGCCCCCGCCCUUGGAGUUCAUAUCUGUCUAACUCGUUUUUUAAAGAAGCCUGGUGGGGGUGGCUGAAGGCCACUGCUGCCGUGGGGCACGGGCCGGCAGGCGGCCAGGGGUCGGUCGAGGUGGCCUCAUCUGCUCAGUCUUUCCCUCGUUAAGCAGACGUCACCGAGGCAGGUCACGUGCCAGCACUGGGUGGACGCCAGGCGGGGGCAGCGCCCCCCAGCCAGGCGCGCGGUGAGGGCCGGGGUCGGCCGUGGUGCUGCUGGACCUCCCGAGCUGCCCUUCAGAGUCCCCUGUGCAGGAGGUGCCCACAUGCCCCGCUGGGCCGCCCCGAAACAGGGCUCCCGUGGACACCCAGCCUGUGGCCACAAGAGCAGGUGGCGAGGGAGGUGUGGCCGGGGCCCUGGAAGGCGGGGAUGGGCAUCCAGAGCUGUUGCGGGCCUGAGCCCCUGCUUUUCCGAGAGUUUCCGAGGUCACAGAGUCGGGUCCCCAUGGUAAGAACUGAGGCUGCAUCUGCCCCGGUCUAGGGCCCUUUAAAGGAAAUUUUGGGAGCAGGAGCCCAGCCUAACGGACUGCUUUGCUGUCCCACACACACCCAUACGUGUGCACACGCAAGCAGACGCGUGCACACGAACGUGGGCAGAAGGGGUGAGUGGGCGCGGAGCGGUGGAGGGACGCUUUCACCGGGUGCCCACUCGGAGCCCCUCGCGGGGACUCGGAGCGCCGGCGUCUGAGCGCCCGCUCCCGCCCCGCCCCCGCGCGCCCCGCGGCUGCCACGAGAGGGCGCUGGCGGCGCGCUGUGGCUCCGGGGCGGCGGGGACCUGGGCGCGUCCCGCCCGCGCGCGGCUCAGGGGCGGCUCAGGAAGGCGGGGGCGUGGCCUCGGGGUUGGGCCUGUUGGGGGCGGGGCCGGGCCGGGCCGCUCAGGCCGCGUGGCUCCCGACUCCGAACGCGGGCUGCGCUUGCGUCUGUCACCCCUGAUCCAACCCACCCCGACCUGAGGGUGGCCGGCGCCAGGGGCCGAGGGAGGCUGGGCGCAGCCCCUGUGUCCCUGGCGGAAGAGGCGGCAGGGACCGCUGGCUGACCCCGGAAGCCACCGGAGCUCUGUUCCUAUUUCUGCGCUCCCUCUGGGCCUUGCGGAGACACGACACGGCAAGCGGCCGAGUGUCCGCUCAGCACCGGGCGGUCCGCGGGGGCUGGGCGAGCGCAGGACGGUCGGAGGCCAGGCGGCACCGCGCCCGGGUCUCCAGCCCCGCCCGCAGCGGCCGCCCUCCCCGUCCCGCCCGCCCGGAGGCCGCGAAGGCCGGCGGGGGGGCCCCUGCCCAGGAGGGGAAGGAGGCUUCUCUGCGGCAUCGGGAGAACCGUCUCUUCGUCUUGCGUGGGUUGGGACCCAAGGCCUUCCGGGCAAGGCAGAUGCUGCAGACGCCCCGGAAAACGGGUGUUAGCCAGCAGCGCACCGGCAGUUUGUCAGGGGUCACUCAGGACGGACCCACCUUCGCCCCGGGGUCGUGUGGCCCCCAGGGCUGGGCGGGGCGCCCCGACACGUCUCCCUCCACACUCAUCAGGGCUGAGAGGCAGGCCCCCCAGGUUCCCUCUGGACGCUGGAGGGCGGGCGGGCAGGCAGAUGGCUCAGGACCGCGUAGGCCGGACAUGACCACCGGCUGCCCCGUGAGGCCAGAGGUCACGCUAGCAGGUCCAGGUCCCGAGAACCCCGCGGCUCACAGACCUCCCAGGCCCUCCUGUGGCUGUGAAGGGAGCAAGCCGCAAACACCAGCGUCAGGGAAACAGGGAGAAAGCAGGGUGACUUCCUCAGUCAAGGACGUGGUCGAGGACACAGCCAGGAAAGACUGCGGGUGCUGUCGAAUGAAGUGGUGGAAGUGCCUCGCGGAA